CUGAGAGAAACGCACACGAAGAGUCAAUACAGACCAACAAGAUCAACACUGAAAGCAAUUCUUUGGAGACUUUUGACAAGAUGAGAAAAUUACUCUUGCUGGUUCUCAUCAUAACAGCUUCUGUAGCUUUUGCCAGUCCACCAGUUCAGGAUGAGAAGCUUCCUGAUCAAGUGGUGAAAGUGCCAGUGGUUGAAAAAGAACCGACAGUAGAGCUCACAGAAGAAGAAGCAGAUCCUCUGAUGGAGGAUGAAGCUGAUGCAGAUACACGUAUGGUUACACAAGUGAUGUUGGAGGAACCUGUGCUAGAUGCUGAUUACAUGACUGAAGAGACGCCAGAGACAGAACAAGGGCCUGAGUCAGAAAUAACUGCCAUUCAGACAAACAGAAACGAUGUGUCUGUGGAGGAAGCUGUGCCAGAGUUAGAGUCUGGAACUAAUAGAACAAAUGAAAAUGAAACAAAUGCAGAAAUACAAAUGGAACCUGGGAGAGGAAGUCGAAGGACAUAUUUUGGGUGGUGGUCUUGUACAGGAGUUGUCCUACAGGGCAAAUGUUAUCAGUACUUCAGAAUAAACCUUGAUGCCUAUCGUGCUGAGAAUUACUGUCAAUCCAUCUGCUAUAAUGGCCACCUGGCCUCUGUGCCAAACAGCUACAUUCUUAACGAAAUAGGGCGGCUAAUGGAUCGGAACGGCGGCCGCACUCGUGCAUGGCUUGGAGGACAGAGAAUCAUUGGUACAAAUAUAUUCCGAUGGUUGGAUGGAACAUGGUGGAGCUAUAAUGGCUGGAAUUUUGGAGAGCCCAAUAAUGCUGGUGGGAUGGAGAACUGUGUAGAGAUGUGGUAUAAUCUUGCAUUCAAUGAUGCACCAUGCACAGUACCCAAACCAUUCAUCUGUUCCUGUCCAUUUUAGACAGCCAGAAGGUUAACCUAACCUCCAAUACAGUAACUUAUGUACAGUAACUAUGAAAAAAGUGUAAAAAAAAAAAAAAAAAAAUUAUCAUUAUUGCAGUUUUUAAAGAUGAAUUUAUAAGGGUUAUCAACCAAUGUUUUAUUAAAUUUACCUUGCAUUGUUUACAAAAAAUAAAAUAAAAUAAAUAAACACUUUUAUAAACCACAUUUUAUAAUUUAUUUAGUUUGGAUAAUAUAGCAUUAUAUUGCAUUCUGUGCAAUUCUAUUGUUUACUAGCUAAAACAUGCUUUUGAACACUUCUACUGUA